CCGAUCCUGUUCUUCGUAUGCAACUUUUUGCCCUUUUUUAAUCUCUCUCGAUUUCUUCUUUCAGGCCUAAAACAUAUCGCAAAGUUCCAACAAUUUCAAUUCCAUCGUGAAUGGUGGAAAUCUCGGGUUUACAAUUAAUGAUAUCCUCCUUUUCUUCUCCAAGAAGGGGGUUUUCUGUUGACACCUCUUUCUGCUUCGGCUCCUGUAUGGAAGGCUGGUAUUACCGCUGCCUCGGCCUUGACCCCUGAAUGAGAAACACCUUCAAUUCAAUUUUCCGAUUCUUGUUUUUUUUUUUUUCUGUUUGUUUUAUUGGAUUGAAUUCGUUAAUCCCUUCUCUUUUUGGGUAUUUAUUUUCCACUUUUCAAAUUACGGAAAUAAUUUUUGAGGGAAAAAAAUUGGGAUUUAAAAAAUGUUGCUUUCCAAGCAGAAGAAGAAUCAGGCCAUGAAGGGUAACCGCUUUCUCAUCAGCAUUACGGUGCUUGGAAGCGCCGGUCCGAUCAGGUUUGUGGUGAACGAGGAGGAGCUUGUUGCUGCUGUAAUCGAUACAGCGUUGAAAUCUUAUGCCCGCGAGGGGCGGCUGCCCGUUUUAGGGUCUGAUCUCAGUAAUUUCGUGCUCUAUUGUCCACUUGCAGGGAUGGAAGGUCUUGGUCCCUGGGAGAUGAUUGGAUCGCUUGGCGUUCGGAAUUUCAUGCUGUGCAAGAAACCUCAAACAGAGAAGGUUGUUGAUAAUGAGAAGUCGGUGACAAUGGCUCGGAAGGGGACGGGAAGUUGGAAGGCCUGGUUCCAUAAAUCUCUUAAUCUUAAGGUUUCUUCUCAUUGAGUUGAGAUCUGAAUGAUAUUAUUGCACUUGGUGUUUAAGAUUUAAAAAUCGCCUAUCUACCCCUAUGAAGUAGAGCCAGUAAGAGUUCAUUCCUGGUGUAGCAGUUCUUAGUGCCAUUCCUUUGGACCCAGUGACCAUUACAGGAAGUGUUCUGGGUGCUUGAUUUCAGUUAGAUUUGAGAGUGUAGUCAUCGUAAUUUACGGUGACAAAUAAAUGUAAAACCUUUUUAGGUUUCCACUAGAAUAAAAUAGACUCUCUUUUGUUGUUUGGUUUA